ACAUGGCAACGUCGACUGGGGCGGGCUGCCGCUAGCGUGUGGCGCGUAGUCUGUUCUUUCAGCCGUCAGUCUGUUGAGUGAAGUUGUGAGGUUAGGUUUGUUGUUUUGUUACGUUUGCGUUGUGCCUGUAUCAUGGUUCUUAUUCGGGCGCUGCCGUUACAUUACUUGAGAGUAAUCGAGUGACAUGUAUGGGGCGGGUUGUUGGAGUGAGAUAGCCGUGAUGCUACCGACGCCGACGCUGCUACGUAAUCAAUAACGCUCCAGAGCUGUGGAAGCAACAUCAACAUUCCCGGACCUAGGCGGAUAUAUCCACGGAUCCUCGUGGCUGGAAGCCGGUCGCUGUCUUCACUGACUGAAACACGACUGAUUUUCAUCUGGUUCAGGCGCACUAUGGUGGCUGUCCGCUGGUAGAGAUGCUGGAGAAGCGGCGCUAUGGGGCGGGGCUGCCCACGUAUCCAUUCCUGGCCGCCUGCCUCACGGCGGCGGUGUGCCUCUUCCUGUGGCGCCUGUCGAGCUGUCCCGUUCCCCAGGCCACGAGGCUCGUGGCCCCCAGCUACCUGCUGCUGCUACCCGGCAACGCCUCUUCUCUGCCGCCCCCCUACCCCAUGCACAAACUGGGGCCAGGCGACCGAACCACUCUGAUCGACGUGAAGGACUUCGCCUUUCAGCUGAACAACUUCCCGUGUAACGGGUCGAGUUCUUUGCUGCUCCUGGUGCUCGUGCACUCGGCGCCGGGGAACGUGGAGAAGCGACGCACCAUCCGCGAGACGUGGGGCCGCGGACCCCACCGGGUGCUGUUCCUGCUGGGUGCCGUGGAGUCGCCAGCAAUGCAAGCCGCCCUGGAGGAGGAGAACCGCGUGCACCGCGACCUGGUGCAGGGACGCUUCCUCGACUCCUACCGCAACAUGACGUAUAAGCACGUGAUGGCGCUCAAGUGGACCGCGUACUACUGCCCCGGCGCUCGCUACUUGCUCAAGACGGACGACGACGUGUUCGUCAACUCUCCCGCUCUCCUCGACUUCCUGGCUCAGGACUUAUCGCCGUGGGGUGCCCGGCGCCUCAUCCUCUGCGAACCCUUCAGCUUUGCCUACGUGAAGCGCUCCUACAGGUCCAAGUGGCGGGUCUCUCCCCUCGAGUACCCCGGGCGCAUGUACCCCGCCUAUUGUGCAGGCUGGGCCGUGCUCUACUCGCCCGACGUGGUGUUCCUCCUGUACCGCGAGGCACAGCGAACCAAGUACUUCUGGAUCGACGAUGUGCACGUUACGGGUACCCUGGCAGCACGCGCUAACCUGACACAGACAUCACUCGGCUCCCUGGUGCUGUCCCGGGAGCAGGUCCAGUUUCUGGUCGGCCCCAGGGAUAAUGGCUCCGAAAUUGGCUCGUUCCUGUUCGGGUCGCCCAACCUGUCGCUCAGCGACAUACAUCGCUUGUGGCAGCUGGUACAGGAGCGUCGGCCGGCGUCUUGACGUGCACAGUGACAGGAACUGUUCUCCCAAGUGCCUUCUCUUUAGUCACACAGAUGCGAUAGGUGGUGGAAGGCUAGUGAAAUUUACAAAAUAUGGCUUACGCUUAAUUAGCACGUACUUAAAAUUAAUUGAAAUCGGAUAUAAUUUGUGACCUCUUUACGGGUUUGUGGCAAACGAAGUUAAUUUAUAAAUAAAUAUAUUCUCAUUGUCAACAAUAUGAUAUAUAUGACACAAAAAGAACAUGGUGAUAUAGAAAAAUAUAUUAUUAGAAUAAAAAAUAUACAUAUAUUAUGUAUUUUCGUAAAGAGCGGGAUUCCCAGACAAACUCGUAACACAUUGCUGUCAGGUCUACUUGGUCUUCGUGACCCUGUAAUUUAUUUGAAUAUUGAAAUGAUAUUUUCUGGAGCGAAUGUCUUGCAUGAUUGACUGAAUGGUGUUUUUGCAGCUCUCGGUGGAGAUCAGGCCAUAAAACAAUGUGCUCACUUCUGUUCGACAUGCAAUAUGUCAGAUUCUUCUGUCUAUAUUCCACUCUUGCACGUUAUAUUGCAAGGUGCUAGUUCUCUGUCUCUCUCUAGUGACCACCAGACAAUUAGCAGAAUCUCGUUUUAAUACUAAUUAAGUAUAAUAAGUGGGUCCAAUCGCAACUUUUGCUCGAUGCCUCUUCCACACUGAUGCUUUCAGCACAGAUAUUUGUGUUCAGAUCACUGAGGAACAAGAUUAUCUGGAUCUUGGUGGAGACAUAGCAUUAUUUCUGAGGAAUAUAAUGUCUUUUGUCUGCAAUCUUCAAUUUGAGUACAUAGAGGCAAUACAUUCCUUACAAACAUUGGUAUAUACCUACCAAACUACACGGAAUCAUGCCCCAGAAGGCCAUGAUCUUGAUGCUUUUCUUGUUGGUAUUAAAUGUUUAGUUGCCCAAUACCCAGUAUUUUUUGUAUCUUUGUUUGUCAUGUCACAGAUGCAUGAAUUCAGCAGCUGCUGUUACUGGAAAAUCACUUCAUUACUGAAACUUGUGUCAUGAAGUUCUGAGGGAUAAGUCUAGUCCAGAAUUACACUUAAUAUACAUCCAAAUAUGAAGGGAAUUUCUGUGGAAGAUGUGGAUAUUAAAUUUUAGAAUAUUAAUAUAAUUUCAAAGGUCUAAAUAUUUCAGAUAUGAAGGGAAUAUGAACCAAAUGUUAUAAAUGUUACCUUACACAAACACAGAUGAUGUAUCAAACAUAUUGUCGUGUGUUUGGAAUCUGGAAGCGAUACUUCCGUGGAAAUGCAAUAACAACAGACGCUGCAUAGGAAUAUCGGUAACGAGUAUUCAUUGCGUAACAACGCAGUAACAGUGGGCCGUUGCAUAGGAACAGCCCAAGGAAGGACAACAGAAGGUUCGUUGCAUAACAACAUCAGACACGAGGUUAUAAAACUGCAGCUUUGUUAUCCAGAAGGAGUCAAAUGUGCAAACUGUUGUAAUCAAGUGAAAUUGUAAUAGAGAAUAGACUGAUACAGUAUCGGUCACAUGUACCCUCCUACGUGUGACAGUCUGUCUGUAUGUGUGUAGCAACACAGACAACAAGAAAUCUGCCAUACCCUGGCAACGGUCACACAGGUACACCACAGUUGAUUGCUAGAAGCAGUGGAAGUGCCUUCUAGCAGUAAGAACAAGGUAAGGUGAAUGUGUCACUCAGAACCACAGGACAGGGAGAGGAGUAAUUGCUUGUGGGAUUGUCGAUGUUCAGAAGUUGGCUGGCCCUGGAAAGGGCAGUUUGUUCCACCGUGAGUGUGCUGGCAGAAUUUGCUCCUUUGUAGUAGACCAAGUCUUCACACCGUUCAGUUGGUUUGUCCGGCCGGUGAUUUGGUGCUGCUUGCGCCAGUAGGAACAGCUGCCUACGGUUCGGAUGAUGACUGAGCCGUUGUCUCGACUCGGUUGCUGGAGAGUUGCGGCAGCUACAUUAGUUGUCUGGUAGCAGAGCGUGAUUGCUGGGGAGUUGCGGCAGCUGUCUUUGGCGCAGUAAAGAGCUGAUGACUCUGAUGACUGAUCGAUCUGAACUGAAUGUGAUCACAGAUGAUUGCUAGCUUUGGGCUCCAAAUUUUAUACCAUGCUUGCUGGGCGGAGCUUAAACUUGCAGUUGUGAUUGUGAGCACUGAUUGUCUAGCGCACGUGAUGAUCUACAGAUGGGCUGGACAUCGAGUGCUGUAUAAACACAAGUGGUGGCAGCAACAUGUGGCAAUAUGAUACUGACUAGGCGAGAGCGCCGUCUGUUAGACUGGCGAAACUGCCUGUUAGUAUGUGGGAUGUUCCCACAGUCUUGCUCUAGCAAGUUUAGUGGUCAGACAGUAACUCUUAUUAAAGCCAAGAAUAACUGUAAAGUUUUCAAGAAAACUCCAGCACAAAUCAGUUUAUUUAAUCAAUGAUACAGUUUGCAUAAUAGUAUUUUAUCAUCUAUAUAAGUUAUGUUGAAUAUUAAAAUGGGUCUUAAAGACAGAGGAUGGGAUGGUAUGGAUUGGAUUGAUCUGACUCAGGAUAGGAACCA